AUGGCAGAACCAAUGAACAAACGCGUCGUUGUGGUUGGUGGCUCGAUAGCUGGGCUCAUGCAUGCUGUGGCGCUCAAGUCUCAUGGCCACAGCGUUGUGGUUCUUGAGAUGCGAACUGAACAGCAGCUACAAGCCCGAGCUGCAGGCUUGAGUCUAUGGUCAAACGCACAGAAAGUGUUCACAACAUACCUACCUGAUGUUGAGCUCGACGAUAUCGUUUUCCGCAACCCCGCAUUUCCAAUCCUUGACAAGGAUGGUAAGGUCUUGGUAGAAGUACCGUUCACGGAAGACGUGCGCACCUCGUGCUGGGCUGGUCUUCACGGUCUGCUGUGGAUGGCCUGCGAGAAAGACGUCGAGGGACAUGGGCCUGUCAACAUGCGCUGUGGAUACCAGGUAUGCGGGCUGACUGAGCAAGCUGACCACCUCGUGGUGUCAUACAAAGGCGAAGAUGGCAUCCAGGAACAGAUGACGGCUGACAUGGUCGUGGCGGCCGACGGCGCACGUUCCCGUCUUCGAAGCCUUGUCCUUCCUGACGUGAAGACCGACUACGUUGGCUAUGUGGCGUGGAGAUCACAAUUCCCAGAAAAGGAUGCGCCUGAGGAGCUACGUUGUGCCAUAGAGGGGAAGAUGCCUCUUUGCAUGCUGGACGGGAGCUACAUAGUGGUGUAA